GUUCUUUGGCACUAAUUGACAUGGAGAAAGGGAGGUUACUCGCAAUGGCGCCGCCAUAUUUUUUGUAAUUUACAAGGAAAUUGUUUUCUUGUUACAUUUUCAAUGGUUCCAUAAGUUAUCAUAAACAAUGGCUGAUUUUGAUCCGACAGAUAAAUACAGCUGGUACUUUGGUCCUUUAAGUCGGGAGGAAGCAAAUGAAAAGCUGGUUGAUGUCAGAACUAAUGGUGUAUUUUUAAUACGAGAAAGCCAGUCCAUAAAGGGCGAUUAUGUACUUGUUGUAAGAGAAGACAGUAAGAUCAGUCAUUACAUUAUCAACAAAGUCCAAGUGGGAGGAAGCGAGUUAUUUCGAAUUGGAGACCAGCAGUUCCCAGAUAUUCCUGCGUUAUUAAAUUUUUACAAGACACACUAUCUGGAUACAACUGCAUUGACAUUUCCUGCAACACGAGACAAAGUGUACUGUAGAUAUGACUUCCCUGGAAAGGAUGCGGAGGACCUGCCAUUCAAGCGUGGAGACAUCCUGGAGGUGAUUUCCAAAGACGAGGAGAAAUGGUGGUGUGCCCGAGACAAAAAUGGGCGGGUUGGACAAAUACCUGUGCCAUAUGUUACAGCGUACAAGCCAGACCCUAAGCCUGUUGGAGUAAUUACACCUUCUGAAGACCCAGUUUCACCACCAGCACCCACAGGGUUUCAGCUCCCUAAAAAGCUGCCUGCAAGAGCAAUAGUUAUUCAUUCGCGUAUACCCAGCAUAUAUGACAAAGAGCAAUUACGACUCAAUGAAGGGGACGUACUUACAGUUUUAGAAAUCAACCCCAACGGGCAGUGGAGAGGUCAGAUUGGCGAAAGAGUAGGCAUCUUCCCCUUCACCCAUGUCAAAUUCAUGGAUGAAAACUCUUAGUUUCCAAGACUGAAAGUGGAAUGAACAGUAAACAGAUUAGGACCCGGCUUUAUUCAAUGAGCUCACUGCUGUUUGUAGGAGUUAUUUGUGUAUUCUUUUUAAUCACAAUGGAACUCUUUUUAUUAAAUGAAUAUCCAGAGUUAAGCAUGAUGUUAUAAUAUCUGCUUGGUAUGUUUCUGGAUCAGACGCAAUAGUUUCUAGCUGAAUCCUUAUUUUUGUUAUGAAAAAUGAAGUAUAUUUAACUUGAUGGAUAAAAAUUUUUAACAAUUUUUGUUGUAAUCAUGAUAGACUGUCUUCCAUAUGGCGUGGCUGUGUUGUUAUUUGCAUCUUUGGUUAGUGUCGUAGGGUUCACAAGUAUUUCUGUGCAGUCUAAUUUAAAUGUUUGGUAUGUAACAAAACAUGCAGACACAUGUCUUGAAAAUAGUAGUGUAUAUCUUAGUGCUAUAUCUGGUACCCCCCUCCCUUAAAUAAAUGCUGGUUAAAAAAUAUUCAUGAUUUAGGGGAAGUGGGGCUGAUGUUAUAAGAAACUGGAGAAUUGUUGUCUUUGCUGUUUAGUUUUGUUCAAAGAUGAAACAAAUGAAGCAAACUAACUUCAAUCAUUUAUUGUUUAGACAAUUAAAUUUCAUUUGUUCAAACAAAUGAAACUCGGACAUGGUAGAACGCCAGGGGCAUUUGAGUUGCCGCUUCUAGCUCAAGUCCAGUCUCCAACAUUUGUGUGUCGUCAAAUUUAAACUCAUUACCACUCUAGGGGCAUGAUUAUUUUACAAUCCUAAUUUAACAUGAUUAGAAUGUUUAUCUUGAUAAUAUAUAGAACGAGUUUAAAUCAAGUCACAUGAUUGCAAAAAUUAUAUCACCUGGUCAACUUUUUGGAAAACCUUGUUAUCACUCUAGUAGCAACAAUAUCUAGAACGAGUUUGAAUCAAGUCACAUGAUUGCAAAAAUUAUAUCACCUGGUCAACUCUUGGGAAAACUUUGUUAUCACUCUAGUAGCAACAUAUAUGACUUAAUCUUUAUAAAAACCUGGACGUAAUUUUUAUCUUAAUGGAUGUAACUUUUAUCUAGAUAAUCUCUCAUCCAAGUUCCAAUCUUGGUCACAGGUGUCAAAAAAAACUAGGUAAUUGGGUCAAAUAUUAUGUAAAUAAUGUAUGGAACAGAGUCAGGAUCAAUUGCAAUCAAUUUAAAGUGGAUCUUAAUAUCUGCCUGUUUGAUUGAUUGAUGGAAAUUGAAAUUAAAUAAUAUGUUCUUACAUGAUUCAAUGUGUAUAGCAGAGUCUAACUGAUAUAUUUAAAUAAAAGUAAUGUCAUGUACAGGUUUGUAUAUAAUGGAUUAUUUCAAUGUGAAAAAAUGUCUUUUUAUGCACCCGAUAGGGUGGCAUAUAGCAGUUGCACUGUCUGUCCGCCCGUCUGUCUGUCCGUCUGUCUGUCUGACUGUCUGUCCGUCACACUUUUGCGUUUAGGUUUCUAAAAAUGCUCAUAACUUCUAUGUCGUUUCAGAUGUAACCUUCAUAUUUUGUAUGCAUGUGUAUGGACAAGGCCUUUCCAUACGCACACAAAUUUUGAACCCUUUGACCUUGACCUUGAAUUUUGGGGCUGCGUUUAGGUUUUGAAAUCUGCGUAUAGGUUUCGAAAAAGUAUUUUUCGGGGGCAUAUGUCUUCCGAUAGAGACAGCUCUUGUUUGUAGUCUUCAAAAAUACUGGUACAAAUAAACAAAGUCUAAUACCAGUAUUUUUGUUGUCAUGUAUUUUUUCUAAUUUGCCACUUUCAAAUACAUGAUCAAUAAUAAUUUUGAUGUAACCAUAAAGUAGUCAUCAUACAUAUUCGGAUGCAUCUGUUCUUUUUCAUGAAUUUGCUGCUAAAACAAUAGCUUUAUGAAAUGCUAGAGAAUUGCUUUUCAAGAAAAUGUCAGGUAAUGGUUGUACUGCUAUUUUACCCAAGUAAUAUAAAAUCUCUGUUUUCAUGACUUCUUUAAACUGUUAACUUGUAUUGAUUUACAAGAACAGCCAAAUUGUCUUUGCUUGAGAUAGUUUAAUUUGAAUUAUUUGAUAUUGCAUACAAUCCAUUCACUUAUACUUAACCAAAUUCACAUUUACUUGCUUCCACACAUUUUGACUUAAAUAGCAAGUCAUUAAACUGUAAGAAAAAUGCUGUAUAUUCACAUGUAUUAAACUUGUACACAGUAUUUUUCAUUGUAUUUGUACUGUUAAUUUUCAUUACUUUUUAUUGGUUAAAUCAUUUUGAAAGAACACAAUUUUAUCUUCUAGUUUGUAUAACUUUACUCAUUGGCAUAAAUUGCAUAAACAACGUUUUUAUGCCCCGGGAUGGAAUGAUCAGGAGUAUAUUGUUGUUUUUGGCCUGUCUGUCAUUGUAUGUGUGUGUGUGUGGUUGUCUGUCACAUACUUUAACCUUGCUCAUAAUUUUUGCAAUAUUGAAGAUAGCAACUUGAUAUUAGGCUACAUGUGUAUCUCAUGGAGCUGCACAUUUUAGUGGUGAAAGGUCAAGGUCAUCCUUCAAGGUGAAAGUUCAAAAAAAAAUAAUUCAAAGCGGUGCAGUUGGGGGCAUUGUGUUUCUGACAAACACAUCUCUUGUUUUAGAAAUGGAAGUCAUUAAAAUGCAGUUAUGAAAAUAUGAUUGGUUCAUUAAACAUUUUUUAUGAAAUAAUUAUUGUUAAAAUCAUAAUAGUAUCCUUCUUAUGAGUUGUUUGUCAGUUUGCAUGUUGCAUUAUGUCAGUAUCAAGUUUUCUCUAAUUCUUUGUUCUAUAUGCAUUUUUACAAUUCCUCUUGUUCUUUUUAGGUGACUUAGUUGUGUACUGAUUAUGAAAGAUGUUACAUAAAAUAUUGUUAUGUUUCCACAGUACUGCUAUACUUAAUAUUUGAUAUCCAUAUACAUUAAUCAAUUAAAUGUCUUUUUAUAGUGUCAACAUUUUACAGUUUCAUAUUUUACAGUAUUAGGGUACUUGCUACAUUUGUGUUACUGGUACUAGUUGCUGACUAAAUGCAGCAAUUCCAAGAAUAAUCAGUUUAAUGAUUGCUUCAAUUUGUGUUAUUUCUCAAUGCUGGCAUAAACAUAUUAUAGCAGUGUUUUUUCUCUAUAGUUUGUACAUAAUGUGUUCAGUAGCUUAGACUGCUACGUCUUAUAGUGCUCCUAAGGUUUGCUUAAUAUGUUUGUGUUAUUUUAUAACUAAACUUGCAGAGUUUUAUUGCUAAAUAUGUGUCAUAAUAAUGACAGAUUGACAGCUCUAAAUUACCUGUAUAUUGUACAUAAGCCAUGUGCUUCGUGCAGGAAAAUUAUCAGUUGAGAAAGUGCCAUCUUGUUAAGCCUAAUCUGUCAGCCUUUAUGGCAUUCAAGUCUCCACAACAACCAAGUACUGCUGGGUCUACCCAGGAUAUGGAAAGUGACCAGGACCCCACUGGAAUCAGCUAACUGGCAUUUACAGGUCGGACCUGUUUGAUGUAUUCAAUGCUUAUUAUUCCUGUAUCCCAAAUCACCAACAGUUGUGGAGAAUGUUUAUCAUGAAUUUUACACCAAACUUAUACAGUGUUGAUGGCGUGAAAUUGCCAUAUAAGGCUUAAGCUGAGCAUUUCUCAGAUUGUUACACAGUUAACUGUUCUAAGAAAAGUGCAGCUUAAAUGACAACUUCACGCCAUCAAUGCUAUUAGUUUGGUGUAGAGUUCAUGAUGAACAUUCUCCACAACUGUGUAACACCUAUGGUUUAAUCAGUUGCCAAAAAUAUUGUUGUUUAGGCUAAAAAAUAUUUUCAAUAUAUUUCUACUCAAUGUGAUUUAUUUUAAACAUAAAAUAUGAGUUAUAUGACAUAAUCACUGGUCAAGCUUAUUAAAGGAACGGCAACAAUAAUACUGUAGAUGCAGUAUUUUUGUCCCCUACCGGUUUCACUGGAGGGGACCUAAGGUUUGCGCUCUGUGCGUCUGUGAGUCUGUCACACUUUUCUGGAUCCUGCGAUAACUUUCAAAGUUCUUAAUAUUUUUUCAUGAAACUUGGAACAUGGAUAGAUGGCAAUACAAUAUGGACAUUAUGCACGUCAUUUCAUUUUGUUCCUACGUCAAAAAAUCUGGUUGCUAUGGCAACAAAUAGACUAGAAAUACUGCUGAAAAUGGUGGUUUUCUGGAUCCUGCGAUAACUUUAAAAGUUUUUAAUAUUUUUUCAUGAAACUUGCAACAUGGAUAGAUGGCAAUGUGGACAUUAUGCACAUCAUUUCAUUUUGUUCCUACGUCCAAAAUUGUGGUUGCUAUGGUAACAAAAAAAAUCUGAAAAUGGUGGAAUAUCUGACAAUGGUGGUGGAGCCGGUAGGGGACCAUAUUGCUUGACAAUAGCCUUGUUGUUUUCUGGCAUUUGGAAAACUGUCUCCAUUUUCCUCAGACUGUUUUAUAUGCAUUAUUUUUAAGAAAUGCCGCAUCAAAUAAUUUAAUUAAAUGCUCAAAUUAAAUAAGUUCAAACCAUAACUGCUUGUACUUUUAAUUUUGAAGUUUUGUUUUGUUUACUCUACAUUUUAAACACAUUUCAAUAAUUUUUGACUGUACAUGUAUUUAAAAAUAAUGUAUGAGUUGUAACUGAAUUUUAUUUUUGUUUCUUCAUAUUUUUUAAGAGCAUAAAUGUUAUGAUAUAUGUAUCAUUCAAUCUAUUGUUACCCAAUUUAUUUGGAUAAACUUUUUUGUACACCAGCUUUUUUACAUUUUACUGUAUAAGGCAUACGACUCAUUUUUGCACUAAGUGGGUUAUUAAUUACAUCAAUCAGCAUCCAUAUUAGGCUUUUCUGUGUUAUAAUUGCAUUCGACUGACUGUUCUACUGUUUGUAUGUAGUAACAUGUAUGACUUAUGUACUAUAGAUGAACAUCAGUUAAUAAUAAAAUUAGUUACAGA